AUGGAGAUGCUCCAGGGGCUGCUGCUGUGUCUGCUGCUGAGCACGGGUGGGGCAUGGGCAUCCAAGGAGCCACUUCGGCCACUGUGUCGCCCCGUCAAUGCCAUCCUGGCUGCUGAGAAGGAGGGCUGCCCUGUGUGUGUCGCCUUUAACACCACCAUCUGUGCCGGCUACUGCUCCAGCAUGGUACGGGUGCUGCAGACCAUCUUACCGCCCUUACCCCAGUCGGUGUGCAACUACCACGAGCUGCGCUUCACCUCUGUCCGGCUCCCUGGCUGUCGGCCCGGCGUGGAUCCCGUAGUUUCCAUGCCCGUGGCUCUCAGCUGUCGCUGUGGACUCUGCCGCCGAAGCUAUUCUGACUGCGGGAGUCUCAGGAACGAGCCCUUGGGCUGUGACUACUCCACCUUCCAGGACUCUUCCUCUAAGGACCCUCCCCGCAACCUUACAAGUCCAUCCCAACUCCUGGAGCCAGCAGACCCUCCAUUAGUCCCACAAUAAA